CAAUUCUGUCGUCACUACCAUAUACGAUUCCGAUUUCGUUCACCCAUAACAGGUGCAAUUGUUUUUCACUCGGCACCGUUUGUCUCGACCGCAAUGUCUCCAGCAAACGAGAAAAAAGUGUCCAUGGAUGCACUCGCCAAACUAGCACAAUCUCUCCAAAAGGAGAUUGCCGAUGCGGAGCCAUCGCUCGAACGAUGCCAAGAUUUAAUUUCUGCAACGGAAAAGGAAGGAUCAGCCGAAAUUAUAACUAUUGAAGCGUUGGAUCGAACGAAACUCGGCAAGAUUGUUACCAAGGCGGUCAAACACUUCCGUCGCGUGAAACGGCACGGAAAGCAAGCAGACUGGCAGUCGCUGCAGUCGCGGGGCGAAACGUUACUCGAGCAGUGGAAGCAAGCAGUGGCAAAAGAGGAGAGCCAAGGCGAAGAAACUCCCAAAGCGACGGGCGAAGCAGACGAUGUCGCGUUGGAUGGCAGUACGGGAUUGCCAACUUCGCAAUCGGCAUACCGAGCUCGAUUAACGAAGCAAAAGAAAGAACUCUACAAAGAUCCUCCAGAAUUGCCUCCUCCACCGGUCAAGAUUGAAUCGGAGUAUUGCGGCCUACCAAAGCGUGACUCCAAGACUGCUUCUUUAACGUUCGAAUGUGGUAAAACGAGCAAGCAUUUAGGGUCGUGGCUCCAAGACUUUCAUCCCAAUCGCACUCCGGAAGAAAUUCUGCGGGCUGGCGCCUUUGGGGGUACCUACUUUCGAUCCAUCGCCUCCGCCGUAACGAAUCAAACGUAUUCAUCGAAUCAAGUAUUAAAGGAUACGGUCCCGGAUGAAUGGAUCGCAGGGCUAGACCGUAAGAGUAUGCUGACGUCCGCGACAUAUCGGCAGAACGUGAAUAAAUACGGUUCCAAAUGUGGUGGAUCACUGGGAAUGUGGGAAAGUAGUGGUUGGAUUACAGAUGUUGACCCGUACGGCUGGUUUCAAUGGUACUGUCGCUUUUACCAAGGCCGACGUAGCUCUGACGACCAAAGACAAAUUUCACGAUGGUUAAAGAACACGGGUCCGAAAGGUCGCUUUCGCUCGCAGCUGUGCAACAAGAUUUUAGCCGCCAAUACCCGUCACGAUGACACCAGUAUUAGUCCAGUGAUUCGUCAGAAUUUGUUACACUGGGGAUUGGAGAUUACGCCCGAAAUACUGGAGGCGCACCGCAAACGGACCGGCAAGUAA